CAGAGUUGUACCAGGAUGGCAGGCAGCUGCUCGGCUGACACGUAACUAAAGUUAAAGGUGCUAUGGAGGCCUCAUCGGGUACUUGAGCUUUUAUACUUUUUUCCCAUAAGCUGCUUUGAAUUGCAUCGGGGAAAACAACAACCAAGAGAGGGGAGGAAACUACACACACACACGCCUUUGCAGGAGUGAAGUGAAGCAAAUCUGGAGCGGUUACUUUGAAGUCGCUAAUGGCUUUUGCAUUGCUACAAUAAUGCAUAUGUCGGUGGAUUUAAGCACUUUUUUUGAGUGCCUGGAAAUGGUAUAGGAGUGAGAGCUGUUGUUGUUGUUGUUGUUGUUGCAGUCGUCACUUUACAAGUUGAGUAGGGGAAGUUUUUCCAGCAGCAGAGACGGGGUUUUCUCGCUCGGACAGCGGGGAGGGGUCCAACAUGGGUAGCGGGGUUUGCUCCCGGAGGCAGCGGAGGAUCUUCCAGUGUCUCCUGCUGCUCACCGUGGUCUGCGGGAUGAUGUACGGGGGCAUGAUGUCCUACGAGAUGCACACGCAGCUCAAGAGGACCGAGGCCACGGCGCUGAAGUACCAGCAGCACCAGGAGUCCCUGUCGGCGCAGCUCCAAGUGGUGUACGAGCAUCGCUCCAGGUUGGAGAAGUCUCUUCAGAAGGAGAGGUUGGACCACAAAAAGGCCAAAGAAGAUUAUCUGGUUUAUAAACUGGACACACAACAGUCACUGAACAAGGAGAAGCAAGACCUCAACGGCAGAUUCAAUUCUCUACAUGUCCAACAUCAGAUGCUAAAGAACCAGCAUGACGACCUGAGGAAGCAGUAUUACGGUCUUCAGGAGCAGCACCAGGUUGAGGGCGACGACCACAACCGGCUGCUGGACGAACACAAAGAGCACUACGAGAAACUGAACCAGGCUAAAGAAGGAGAAAUCACCCACCUCAAAGAUAAUGUUUAUAACCUGAGAGAAGAAAACAAACACCUGAGGAAAGCACACCACGACAUUCACACACAGCUGCAGGAUGCUCAGGUUGUGCAUGAGAACCUGAAGGCAUCACACACACAGCUCGCACUGACACUGGAUGACCACAAGAGUGCGCUGGCUUCAGCUCAGUCGCAGGUGAAUGAAUAUCAUCAGAUGAGGGAGACCCUGAACAAAGCGGCAAGUGUGAGACAGCCUGAGGUAAACCCCGCCCCCCCGCAGCCUCAAGCAGCCGCCGUGGCACCUGAACCCCACAUUCAAGCAGCCCAGCAGGACUCGGUGCUGCAGCAGCCCCACAAAGAGGAGCCCGCACAGGGGGAGGAGCACCAGGACGCUGAGGCCAAGUUAACUCACAGCCCCUUGUCACAGAAGGAGGAGGACAGGGAGGGGGAGGCGGAGAGGAAGAGGGAGCUGGCGGAGGAGGAGAUGGCUCAGGCCGGACAGCCUCAGAAGCUGGAGGAGGAUCCCGACCAACCGCAGGAGGAGCAGCAGGAGGAAGAGGAGGAGCAGCCGGACGAGAACGCCCUGCAGCGAGACAGACGGCAGCCGAGUCCCCAGGCGGAGCUGCAUCAGGAGGCCCACGCCCAGGUGGAGCGCGUGAAGUCGGCCUACGAGCAGCAGCAGGAGCAGCAGCGCCUGGAGGCUCAGCGGGCCAAGGAGCGCAGGCAGAUCCAGCUGCGUCAGGGGGCCCUGCAGCUUCAGAGGGACAAGGUGCUGCAGGACAGGGAGCAGAGGCUGAAGCAGGAGCAGGAGAGAGAGCAGCUGCACCACAAGGAGGCCGACCGGAGGGAGCAGCUGCUGAGGGACGAGCAACACAGGAAGAGGAACGAGUACGAGAAUAUGGACAAUGAUAUCGUUCAAGGAGAAGACGUGCAGCACACUGAUGAUGAAGAAGACACUACGAUGUUACAUGAGGAGGAGGAGGAGGAGAAUCAGGAAGUGGAUCACGACGUGCCUCCACAUCAGGGUGCUGGUGAUCUGCCCUCCGAGGACGACCCCAACAAUCAGGGAGAAGACGAGUUCGAGGAGGCCGACGAAAAUCAGGAGCCGCAGCAGCACAAGGUCGCAGGAGAGGAGGAGGAGGAGGUGGUGGUGGAUGAGGAGGAAGAGGAGGAGGCGCCAGCCAAUCACAAGCCUGACACACGACCGGGCCCCGGACCACCUGCUGUGGAGGAGGAGCUGGUGAUCGCUGGAAACCCAGAUCAACAGGAAGACACGCUUGACGACCAGUACCAGGAGGAAGUAGAGGACGAGGUUCAGGAGGACAUAGCUGUAGGUCAGAAGAGAGAGGAGGAGGAGGAGGUGGAGGAGGAAGGAGAGGAACCGUAUAAUGAGGACAACUUAGAACAGGAUGAAGUAAAACAUCAGGAGGGACCGAGACAGGAGGGCGGUCACAGGAAAGAGGCGGAACAUAACGAGGAAGAGAACUACGAAGAGGAAGAGGACGACGUGGACGAGGACGGUCGGGACAAGGGAACCAAUCGGAGGGCAGAGAUGUGACGCAGACUUUAAACCAGUUGCAGUGCCUUUUUUUCCGGGUCUUUCUUUCUCUCGUUUCCCAAAGGAAUACAAACACAGCCAUCCGUUCGGAAUUCCAAUAAGGAAAAUGUGGCUGUUGCGCCUGGAAGAUGGGAUGUUACUCCAAACACUGGGGGUGGAACUGAGCAGCUAACACUGUGGAAAUGGACAGGCUUUGUGGAGCAGAACUGGGAUGUAUACUUUAUAUAUAUUUUUUAUUCAUUUGCUUUUCUGUCUACGCCUGAUCGCCUGCCUGGUUUUCGAGGCAGAGAAUGUAUUUCCGUCAUGUCCUGUCUUUGAAUAUUUGUAAAGAAAACAAAGAUAAAUUAUGUUACCUGCAUUUUAUUUAGGUAUGUUUUUAUGAAAACAAUCUUUGUAGAUCUCACAUUUGUAUUUACAACUCACAUUCCAAUCGCUGUUAUUUAUUUUUGAUCGCAACAACUCCGACAAUCAGAAAAAAAGGGUGCAACAUUUCUUUUUUAUUUUCCUGACUGAACACUUUGUGUCAUAAAGUACGGUGGCCGACAAGGGCCAACACGCUAGAACAUCCCAAAACACUUCCAUUAGGAGAAAUGCGCUGAAGUUUGAGAAACGAUGCGAAAAAACAAAACACAUGCAAGUGACCAAACAUCUUCACCGACUUGACGACACAUGCGCAGUGUUUACUAAAAGCGCUGCAAGAAGCUCAAAACACAACGGAAACCAGGGGACACUAAAAAGUGAUGCACACAGCUCGGACCGGAGCGCUUGGUGAAGUUCAGGGAUUGUCAAAUUGGCCAACUGUCACUGUUGUUGGAAAGUUACCUAAAAUGUUUUAUUGAUGUUUUAUUUGAACAAUGUGAUCGGAUGAUUCCUUCUGAUAUUAUUGCAGAACUGCUGUAAGCUAGCUAGCUAAUGUAGCUAACCUAGUCAUUUCAAAUAUACUGACAAAAGUAUAUUAACUUACAAUUAAGAAACAGACUAACUCUGCUAAUUGGACAACUUUAUAAUCCCCAAAUGUCAACAAGCUCUCCAGUCCCAGCUGUGUGCAUCACUUUUUAGUGUCACAGUUUCCAUUGAGCUUCCUACAUUGUUUUGUUUAUGCAGUGCUUUUUGUAAAAGCUGGACAUAAUAAUUCCUUAUAUUUAUUAUAGCGCUUUUUCCAUGCCCCAAAGCGCUUUACAGAUACACAUUACACAUACAUAUCAGACAUACAUGUAAUGGUCAUGUACUGUGGACAAUACCCACAGGAGCAAAUUCAGGUGAAGUGUCUUGCCCAACGACACAACGGCUUUACAGACGCAGCGGCGGCGGGUUUCGCCCCCUUGCACAGACCACUGCGCCACACCGCCCAUCUUCACACCUCAAAGUCAUCGAGGCGCUUUACAAGUACACAUUAAUAUCAUACAUGUACUGUGGACAAUACCCACAGGAGCACAUUCGGGUGAAGUGUCUUGCCCAAGGACACAACGGCCUGACGCAGUGGCGGUUUCGAACUGGAGUUCCCCAAACGCCCCCUUGAUCUGAUGACCAAACGCACAGCCCACUGCGCCACUCCGCCCCAAUGUGUUUUCACAUGUUUGGCACAUUUGCCUUUUUUUAUUUGCAUCGUUUCUGAAGCUGCAUCGCGUUCCCCCUAAUGUACGUUUUUUGGGCGGUUGUAGGGCGUUUGCACCUUUCGGCUUUUACCAACGAUAUCAACGAAGCGAGAUAACAGGAGUUUUUUUCACUGGAUAUUUCUGCAAAACGCCAGCCAAAAAUACAUUUCUUAUGUGCUGAAAGAGUCACACUGACAUGUGCCUUUUAUUCUUGGAAACCUCAACUAGAUCUUUUAAUCAUUUCACUAUAGGAAAAUCAUUUCAACAGGAUAGGAGAGAUGAGAGAUACGCAAUUGAUUUACUGCCAACUCUUUUAGUCUGCUGUACAAUGUAUAAGGAAACAAAUGCUGAACAUUUUUACAUUAUAUUUGAUACAAAAAAGUGUGAUUUUGAUUGUGUUGAACCAUGUCUGCCACCUGAAUGUGUGAAAUAAAGAGGUCAAAUGAUUUUAAAAGUCA